AAAUAAUUAAUAUGAACACAUCGUUUGAAUAAAUAAACAAAUCCCCUUUGAAUCAUUCUAUAUCAAAAUAGCUUUACUCUUUUCCUAAAGCUAAUAGAUUUAAAGAGUUUAAGGAUUCAGCGUUAUUUAUCAUAAUUAUAUAUCUAGAUGUCCUAAUAUUUACACACUCCCUAGUGUGAUGAGUAAACGUGGAGCAGGUAUUGGAUAUGGAUAAAAGUCAGAUUUGAUCUAAGAAAGUAUUACACCAGGUCCAAACAAUUAUUAAAUGAAGACUACUCUCAACGUAAGCAAUGGUUGGACUAUGCCAGUAGGCAGAGAUGUAUACAUCAUUUAAACAUACCAAAGAAAAGUAAUAAAUAUGAAGGUAUCUUUCUUGGUUUAAUUCAAAAAACACCAGGACCAGGAUAAUAUGAGUUUCAAGAUUCUAAAUCUCCUAUUAAAUAUUCAAUGAGAAUGAGAACUGAAAGUUAAAAGGAUAAGGAUAAAAAACCUGGACCGUAAGUGUAUUUAAAUUAUAUUUUUAGUGGUCAAUACAAUUUACCUGAAGCAUUAACUGAAAAUGGAAAAUAUAAAAUUAGCAAGUUUAGAGAGUAAUUUUUAUUAAUUGAAUUAAUAGUUCAGGUGCGAUCAUUCUCUCUCCACCUAAAGCAAAAAGUUCUCGUUUUUCUCCUGCUAAUGAACGUACUCCAGGACCAGGUUAAUAUUAACAUACAGGUGAUAUUGAUCCAAAAGGACUUUAUUAUUGUUCCAAAUUUGUAGAUACGAAAUCUACAGUCUUCACUAAAGCCAAAAGAGAAUUAACUAAAAUAAGAGUAGAAUCUCCUGGACCAGGGGCAUAUAAAUUACCAUCAGAAUUUGGGUAUUCCAUCAUUUUUAAAUAUAGAUAUUAUGAAAAACCAACUAAAUGA